AUGUGCCUUUUUUCCAUUCCUGUUCAUGUCUCUUCUCAUAGAUACUACAAACCUCACAAUCACUCACAGCAUCACCGUAACCUGUCCUCACUUAUCUAUCCCACCCGCUCCACACACAUCCAACACCUUGUUGCAGGGGGCCUGUGGAACUGCCAGUCAGCUACACGCAAGACUGAGUUCAUCUCUGGCUCUGCUACUGAGCAAUGCCUGGACUUCCUUGCUCUCACUGAGACUUGGAUAACACCCUCCAACACAGCCACCCCUGCAGCUCUCUCCUCCGCCCACUCCUUCUCCCACACACCCAGAUCCACUGGAAGAGGUGGCGGGACAGGCCCAUUGGGACACUUCUUGGAGGAACUAGAUGUCCUCCUCUCAAACAUCCCAGAAAAUGGCCCACCACUUGUUCUUCUUGGUGACUUCAACAUCCAGUCAGAGAAGUCAUUCGAUCUACUUCUUCUACUUUCGUCUCUUUCUCUCUCACUUGCUCCUUCUCCACCAACUCACAAAGCUGGCAACCACCUUGACCUCAUCUUCACCAGAAACUGCUCCACCUCCGACCUCAAGGUAACUCCACUUCAUGUCUCUGAUCAUUUCUUUAUUUCCUACUCUCUCCCACUCUCCCAAUCUGAUGAUCUCAUCUCAUCAGAUAUUGCACUUGUCCGUCGUAACAUUCGCUCUCUCUCUCCCUCCUCUCUCUCCUCAACUGUUCUAUCAGCACUUCCUUCAGCUGACUCCUUCUCCCUCAUGCAUCCCAACUCUGCCACAGACACCUUCCUCUCUACUCUACUCUCUACUAGGAGAGUGCUACAGAGGAUUAUAAACACAGCCCAGAGGAUCACGGGGUGCUCUCUGCCUAACCUGGAGACUAUUGCCAGCUCUCGCUACCGAAGCAGAGCUGGAAACAUCAUCAAGGACUCCUUCCACCCAGCUAACCACCUGUUCCACCUGUUACCCUCGGGCAGGCGGUACAGAUCCCACAGAACCAGGACUAACAGGCUCAGGGAUAGCUUCUUUCCCAGAGCCAUCACAGAACUAAAUAAAUAAACGAAAGCAAAAACAUUCAUAGGGAAACACCACUGGAAAGUGCAAUAAUCUGAUGCUUCAGUCACUUUGUUUACACAAAUACAGGACAAUCACUUCUCA